UGGGGUUGUGGCUGUUUGUCUUGGAGUUCUUUUCCCCUCUAAAUCCAUACUCUCCAUUAUUAUGUUGUGUUCAUUCCCCCCCAGUCUCAUCUUGUCGCGUCCAGGACCCCCAGGUAGCAGCCUGGCUGUUGGACCCAGCUGACCCCUCUUCCUGCUUCACCAACCUGCUCACCAAACACUGUAGGACACCCCCCAGAACCCCCACACCUGCCCUGGGGGCAAGGAAGGUGUCCCAGGUUAUCUCCAGUCUGUCUCUGCUCUACAGGCUGAAUAUGGAGCUACGCUCUAAACUACAGAGCCAGGGUCUGUGGGAGCUGUACUCUAACAUGGAGCUGACUAUGAUCCCUGUACUGGCAGCCAUGGAGAGCCACAGGAUCCAUGUGGACACGGAGUCCCUAAAGACAACAUCAGAGAUGCUGGGGACUAAGAUGAAGCAGCUAGAGCACGAGGCCCACCAGGCAGCAGGCCAGAUGUUUCUAGUGUCCAGCAGCACCCAGCUCAGGACGGUUCUGUUUGAGAAGCUGCGUCUGCAGGACCGCUGUGAAAACAAGAAGCUCCCCAAGACUCUCAACAAACAACAGCAGUCUACAUCUGAGGCUGUUUUGUUGCAGCUCCAGGACCUGCACCCCCUGCCGAAGAUCAUUCUCGAAUACAGACAGGUUCAUAAGAUCAAGUCCACCUUCGUCGACGGGAUUCUGUCUUGCGUGAUGAGUAAGAACUCCAUCUCGUCCACAUGGUACCAGACCAGUGCAGUGACUGGAAGAAUCUCUGCCAAACACCCAAACUUCCAGGCCCUCCCAAGGCAACCGGUGCAGAUCACUAAGAAGCAAUAUGUUCAAGGAAAGGAAGCGGAGGUGGUGACGGUUCACCCACGGGCCAUGUUCAUCCCCCAGGACGGCUACACCUUCCUGGCUGCAGAUUUCUGCCAGGUGGAACUGCGUCUGCUGGCUCACCUCUCGUCAGACCCUGAGCUGCAGAGGAUCUUCAACAACCCACAGGCCGACGUCUUCACCAUGCUGGCCUCACAGUGGAAGGGUGUGAGUGAAGGAGAAGUGAGUUCAGAGGAUAGAGAGCAUGCCAAGCGUAUCGUCUACUCUGUGGUGUAUGGAGCAGGUAGGGAGCGUCUGUCGGGCAUCCUGGGUGUUAGUGCUGAACAGGCCAGACACUUCCAGGACAGCUUCCUCCACACCUACAGAGAGGUCCAGACCUUCAUACACACCACCAUCCAACAGUGCCACAAACAAGGUUACGUGGUGUCUAUUAUGGGCCGGCGAAGGACACUUCCUCACAUCCACUCUACAGACUGGGGAGUCCGCAUGCAGGCUGAGAGACAGGCCGUCAACUUUGUGGUCCAAGGGUCAGCUGCUGACCUGUGUAAGAUGGCCAUGAUCCGUAUCUUCUCUCAAGUCUCCUCCUCCAGCUCUCUCUCCGCCAGGCUGAUAGCUCAGCUCCAUGACGAGCUGCUCUACGAGGUGGAGGACUCUCAGGUGGAGGAGUUCGCAGUGUUGGUCAAGAACACUAUGGAGUCCCUGCAACACAUCGAUUGUCUGGGAGUUCAUCUCAAAGUCCCCCUGAAGGUGGCGGUCUCAAGUGGCAAGUCCUGGGGCUCCAUGUCCGAACUACACCUCCCCCAAACAUCUCUCCCCCCCUCUUCCUGAGUCCCUCUCUCCAUCUCUUACUCUCUAUCUCUCUCCCUCUUCUCUCCCUCAUUGUGUUGCAUCCCCAUCGCUAUGGAAACCAGGCAGAUGCAGCUCCUCCAAGCUCCCAAUUCUCCUUCUCGCUCCCUCUCUCUCUCUCUCUCUCUCCCUCUCUCUAUCCAAUUCUCUCUCUCUCUCACACACACACACACCCCCCUCUCUCUCUGCCGUAUCAGGGGGCACCGGCAGGAGCCUCCCACUGGAACGCAUCAGUUUCUCUUUUUUCACCCUCCCUCCAUUUUGUGGAAUUGUAGUCCUCCUCUCUUCACAUUUUUCUGUUCUCACCCCUCUUGUUUAGAUUUUUGGUUUCUGUGUUCCGUUGCCAAGGAAAAACCACACUUUGAGAAAUUUGUUUGGCAUUGUUGCCUUUUUAAAAGUAUUUUUCAGCUACAGUAAAUAUACCUGAUUAGCUAGAUAGCAGUCAGAGUUUUUUUUUAAGGUUCUAUACUAUGUUUGAUUGUAUUUAUUAACUGAUAUCCUGUCUGAAUUUCCUAUUAUUGCAUUAAUUGUAAAGUAAAGCUGGACAGGUCAAUGUAUUUCUACAAUAAAGUGAAACGAUCUAGUC